UUGCAGACUGGGUGGAAUUCAGUCCAUAUGAGAUUGGUAUGGCAAAAUAUGGCACUUUUAUGUCUCCUGAUUUGUUUGGAAGCAAAUUUUUUAUGGGGACAGUGGUGAAGAAGUAUAGUGAAAAUCCCUUGCAUUUCUUGAUGGGUGUCUGGGGCAGUGCGUUUUCUAUAUUAUUUAACAGAGUGCUUGGAGUCUCCAAUUCUCAAAAUAAAGGUCCCACCAUGGAAGAAGAAUUAGAAAAUAUUAGGCUAAAGCACCUUGUAAGCAAUGACAGUUCAGACAGUGAAGAUGAAUCACAGCAUCCAAAAGGCACUGAAAAUGCUGAGGGAAAUCAAGAAUAUCAGAACAGCAGCCAAGAAAGCUGGGUACAGCGAAUGCUGAUGGCUUUGGUGGGUGAUAGUGCCCUUUUCAACACCAGGGAAGGGCGUGCUGGGAAAGUACACAACUUCAUGCUGGGAUUGAACCUCAACACUUGUUACCCGCUCUCUCCUCUGGCAGACCUUCUUACGCAGGAGUCCGUGGAAGAAGAUGAACUAGAUGCAGCUGUUGCAGAUCCUGAUGAGUUUGAGAGAAUAUAUGAGCCACUAGAUGUGAAGAGCAAAAAGAUUCAUAUAGUGGAUAGUGGACUUACAUUUAACCUGCCAUACCCACUUAUCUUAAGACCUCAAAGAGGCGUUGAUCUCAUCAUCUCUUUUGACUUUUCAGCAAGGCCAAGUGAUUCCAGUCCUCCUUUCAAAGAAAUUUUGCUUGCUGAAAAAUGGGCCAAAAUGAACAAGCUUCCCUUCCCAAAAAUAGACCCAAAUGUAUUUGAUCGAGAGGGCAUGAAGGAGUGCUAUGUUUUCAAACCAAAGGAUACCUCUUCGGAGAAGGACUGUCCAACUAUAAUCCAUUUUGUUUUGGCUAACAUCAACUUCCGAAAGUACAAAGCUCCAGGUGUUCCAAGAGAAACACAGGAAGAGAAGGAUUUUGCAGACUUUGACAUUUUUGAUGAUCCAAAUACACCAUUCUCUACCUUCAACUUCCAGUAUCCCAAUGAGGCUUUCAAGAGGCUUCAUGAUCUAAUGGAGUUCAACACCCUCAAUAACAUAGAUGUGAUCAAGCAAGCUAUGAUGGAAAGCAUUGAAUACAGGAAAGAGAAUCCAUCUCGCUGCUCCGUGUCUCUUAGCAGUGUUGAAGCAAGGAGAUUCUUUAAUAAGAGCAAUCUUAACAACAACCAUACGUAGAGGAUGUGUCGUAGAUCCCACUCCUUCAAGAAACUGGUUCUGUCUUUAUAACUGGAGUCAACAAGAUAUUAUCAGAGCAUCACUGCUCCUGAACAAGGCUGUGCAAAACUCCUGAAAAC